AUUGUUGCAACUGUUGCAAAAACCAGACACCAAAACUAAAAAAAUCUACAAAAAAAUGGCUCUCCUUCUCUCCUCACCUCCCUCCCUCCUCACCAAAAACCCUAAUACCAAAACCCUACCCUUCUUCCCCAAACCCCAUUCUCUCUCUUUCUCUCUCCUCCCCAAACUCCAUAUACUCUCCUCCCUCCGUUUCCACUCCACCUUCUUCGAACCCCUCUCCGCCUCCUCCACCGACGACUACGUCACCGGAGAUUCCCCGCCAGAGAUUACGGACGAGGGGGGAGAGAAAUCCGCGCCGGAGAUUGAGCCUCCGCCGUCGAAGCUGCCCGACGACGAUCCGCCCGGGGACGAGGACGAGUGGGGCGGAGGGGUCGCAGUCGGGGCGGCAGCGGAGGCUCUACAGCCGCCGCCGCCGCCGUCGUCGAAGCUUCACGGGGAUUCCACGCCGGAGAUAACGGACGACUGGGGAGAGAAAUCCGCGCCGGAGAUUGAGCCUCCGCCGUCGAAGCUGCCCGACGCUGAUCAGCCCGGGGACGAGGACGAGGACGAGUGGGGCGGAGGGGACGCAGUCGGGGCGGCAGCGACAGCGGGAGAUGUUGGGCGGGGAGAGAGGGGCGAGGCGGAGAUUGAGCCGCCGCCCUCGGCGAAGCUGCCCGACGCCGGUGUUAAUGGUAGUGCUGCUGCGGCGGCGGUGGAAGAGGAGGAUGAUGAGGUGGCGGGGUUGAAGAGGAGGUUAGUUGAUAUGGUUUACGGGACUGAUUUCGGGUUCCGAGCUUCAACGGAGACUAGGGCGGAGGUUUUGGAGCUGGUUACUCGUCUGGAGGCGUCGAAUCCGACUCCGGCCCCUACCGGGGCUGCGGAGAUUCUUGACGGGAAUUGGGUUUUGGUGUACACAACAUUUUCUGAGCUGCUGCCACUUCUGGCGGCUGGCACCACCCCUUUGCUGAAGGUGAAAAGUAUUUGCCAAGCAAUCAACACCAGUAGCCUUACCAUAGAGAACUCCACCAACUUGUCCAGCCCUUUUGCCACCUUCUCCUUCAGUGCCUCUGCCACCUUUGAAAUUCGUACUCCUACUACAAUACAGGUUGAAUUCAAGGAAGGAAGCCUGCAGCCUCCGGCUAUCAAGUCUACCAUCGAUCUCCCAAAAAAAGUUGAUAUUUUGGGGCAGCAAAUCGACUUAUCCCCAGUCCAACAAUCUCUUAACCCACUGCAAGAGGCUGUGGCAAGUAUAGCUCGUGCUAUUUCCGGUCAACCUCCACUUAAGAUUCCCAUUCCCGGUGGGCGGGAAAAAUCCUGGCUCCUUAUUACAUACCUUGACAAGGAUUUCCGGAUAUCAAGAGGGGAUGGAUGCCUAUUUGUGCUUGCUAAAGAAGGAAGUCCUCUUCUAGAUCAGUGACCAGGUACAUGGAUUGGGAUUCAAAAGGUGUAUAUUUAUCUUAAGCUCUCCACAUGUGGGGUUGGAAUUUUUGUAUUUAUUGUUUUGUAUACACAAAGAAUUUAUCCUUUUUUGGUCUAAUAAAAGAAGAGGUGAUACCCAA